GUGCCUAGCGUUCUCGGCGGCGGAAGUGAGGUACCGGAAGCGGCGUUGCCAUGGAGGCCGCGGAGGACUGGCUGGUGGAAUCCUUGCGCUUGUACCAAGAUUUCCAUGCAUUCGACCUUUCAGGAGCCACUCGGGUCCUUGAGUGGAUUGGUGACAAAGGAGUCUUUGUUGCUGAGUAUGAAAACCUGAAAAAAAAUGAGAUUCUUCAUCUGAUAUUACCUCUGAGACUUUCUGUAAAAGAAAACCAGGGCUUAUUCCCAGAAAGAGAUUUUAAGGUAUGCCAUGGAGGAUUUUCAGACACGUCUGUCUUUGAUCUGAAGCAUGUGCCAGACACCAGGUUGCUGGUAACCACUGGUCUUCCGGGUUCUUACCUGCAUGUGUGGCAGAUCACAGAGGACAGUGAUGUCAUUCAGGCUGUCAGCACCAUUGCUGUGCAGGAGAAGGAGGACAGUCUGUGGCCUAGGGUGGCCAUCUUCUCUUCGACAACACCCGGAGUCCUCCAUGGGGUGAGGCUCAGCAGUCUCAGGGUCGUGGAUUUAGAAUCCCAGAAGACCACAUACACCUCAGGGGUCAGUGACAGCGAGGAGCUGAGUAGCCUGCAGGUCCUGGACACAAACACCUUUGCCUUCUGCUGUGCCUCAGGCCGGCUGGGGCUCGUCGACAUCCGCCAGAAGUGGGCGCCGUCAGAGAAUGUCAGCAACGGCCGUGGCGGCCCUGGCACUGCUGGAGGGAGAUGGUGUGCUGAAGUUGGGGGCAAGGUCCGGAGCCCUGGGCCCAGCGUUGCCAUCCUUGGCUCAAACGGGCAGCUCUGUCUUCUUGACCCCCGGGAUCUCUGCCAUCCUGUGAGCUCCGUCCAGUGCCUGGUGUCUGCACCUAGCCCUGACCCAGAGCUGCUGCGAGUGACAUGGGCUCCAGGCCUGGACAACUGCUUGGCCAUUUCAGGUUUUGAUGGGAUGGUCCAGGUCUAUGAUACCACAUCUUGGGAUGGAAUGGGGAGCCAAGUAGAACCUCUCUUCACUCACAGAGGUCACAUUUUCCUGGAAGGCAAUCAGACAGACACGACUCCACUGGUCACUACCCAUACCUGGCACCCCCACAAGCCAAGGACUUUGUUAUCAGCAGCAAGCGAUGCCUCUCUGCACGUGUGGGACUGGGUAGACAUGCAUGCGUCCAGCUGACUCCAGCGUCUUUCUGCCCAGGCCUCUAAGAAGAGGAGGAGCUGCUGUAUAGCCAAUGUGCUGAUUUAGGACUCCAGUGACUGUAGGUCCCUGUUGCCAGCCCGGUGGCCUUGGGCAAGUUAGCCAGCUUCUCCUGCCCCCAGUUUCUUCAUUUGUAAAAUGAUAAUAGUAGUAGCUUCCUCUCAGGGAUGUUGGGAAAGUUAGAAGUGAUGUAUUAAAAAAUAGGAUGCAUGACACUAUAAAUAUUUAGUAGCUACCACUCAAUCCAAGAGUAGAAUGUAGAGCGAUGUUUUAUCCCUGUCUGUUUACAAUAUCAUAGAAUCAAAAAAAGGCAACAAAUGUAAA